CGUGACCGAACACUAAUCAUCCUCUGAAUAGUAUAAUUAUACUAUAAUUAGGAUUUGUUAGCUGGAUCAGUACUUAAGUACAAUAUACAAUGGUGUUGUUACGUCGCAUGUUGUUUUUGUACAACUGUUCUGUUCUUCUUCUUGUGUGGUGGGUCGUCACGUCUUCGGGCGGCGGCGAAGCAAAGAUAAAGUUGCCGGAGGGUGUAGUUAUUCCGGCGAUCUUAGGGUUCGGGGAUUCCAUAAUAGAUACAGGCAUGAACAACUAUAUCCCCACGGUGGCCAAGUGCAACUUUCCGCCGUACGGGGAGGACCUUCCGGAUGGAAACCCCACCGGCCGCUUUUGCAAUGGCAAGACCCCUAUUGAUCUUAUAGCUGAGGAGCUUGGAGUGAAAGAGACGGUGCCUCCUUAUUUGGACCCUAAUUUGAAACCCGAAGAUCUAAAAACGGGUGUGAGCUUUGCAUCCGGAGCAUGUGGAUAUGACCCUCAAUCCUCACAAUAUGCGUCAACGAUCUCGUUGUCCGAGCAAUUAGACUAUUUCAAAGAGUACCUGGAAAAGCUGAAGGCGGCAUUCGGAGAGAACGAGACAAAGUUUGUAACGGAUAACAGUCUCUUCUUAGUGGUUGCCGGCAGUAACGACAUUUCCAACACUUACUUCGGCCUCGGCCUCCGUCGGCUACAGUACCCCACCGUCGAUUCCUACGCCGAUUUCAUCGUCCACAAAGCCUCCACUUUCAUUCAGGAAUUGUACGGGCUGGGAGGGAGAAGGAUAGGGGUAUUCAGCCAGGUGCCGAUAGGGUGUGUUCCGGCGGUGAGGACGUUGGCCGGGGGAAGCGAGAGGGACUGCGCGGAGAGGUACAACGACGCGGCGGAGCUGGCCAACGCCAAACUCGCGGCGGAGAUCGAGUCACUGUCGGGGAGCUUGCCGCCGGACGCGCGGGUGGUUUUCAUCGACAUAUACCGGCCGAUGGUGGACGUGAUCGGGAACCCGGGGAGGUACGGUCUGACGGAAAGCGGGAGAGGGUGUUGCGGGACGGGGGAUCUGGAAGUCUCCUAUUUGUGUAACAAGUUGUCGGCGACAACAUGCGAGGAACACGACAAGUAUCUGUUUUGGGACAGCUUCCAUCCCACGGAAAUAGGUUACAAGAUUCUCAUUGACCAGAUUCUGCCCGGCUACGUCUCCCGUUUCAUUUAGCAGCUGCUCCCUACGAUACCUAAAGUCUUCUCUCCCGCGCAAUGAGAAAGCUUACCAAAACUGAAAGAAUAUGUUCAAUGCAUGAUUCAGAACCAGAAUCAGACAAAGGAGGAAUUGGAAGUUUAAUUGAACCAUGUUACAAGUGCAAGAGUAACGAAGAUUCACUCGAUAUGGAAAUGUGUUGGA